AUGUCGACUUCACGAUCCGAAGAACAUACAGACAGUACAGAAGCUACGGUAGUGCAAGACGAGGUAACAGAGGCGGCAAAUUCGGCUGGAGAUGACUCGGCAAACAUUGAAUUACGCAAUACUUUGUGUAGGUCACAAGAAUUGGUGGCUGCAGACAAAUCCAAUGCAUAUGAUCUUGAAGGACCUAAAACAGAGAACAUGAGACCAGUUCUCGAAAGUGUCAUGGGGGAUCAUGGGUUCUAUUUGGGGUCCGAAAGACCAAAGAACUACGAGUAUUUGACACACGAACUUCAGAAGGGACGAGGAAGUCCUCCUCCUAGCGAAGAACUAUACGAAUCAUAUAAGCAUGCUGUUGCCACAGCGAAUGGCGACGGAUCUUCAUUAUUCGAUGCAGUGAACGUUUUCUUCAAAGAUUGGAACAAUGAUAGUGGAGACGAAAAUCAAAACUAUGGUCAGAUUGUUCAGCAGGAGUUCACGUUAUUCAAUAAUCGUGCUAAAGGAUCACAUUUAAGUUCGCCCGAGCUGCGCAUGGUCGAAGGAUUUCGAGACGGUAAAGAAUAUUUAGAACAAUUGUAUCGAAGUUUUAACGGAGCGAUCGAUAUGAUUAGGGACGGACGGGCACGAUCAUCAGUAUUUUGCCAUUUUGCAGGGGAGUGCGCGCCUAGUAAUACUUUAUGGGGCCGUGAGGCCCCUUGUCUAAGAUACAUAGGGGCGUUCCUGGUUGCAGAACGACGACUAGCUCUUCAAUAUACGAAGAGAUUCUCCGCCAAUGGAGAAUACUACUUUUGUGACAAGCAAGAUUAUGCCAGCGUCAUCACUUUCAUGAUGACUGAGUCCCACAUUACUCUCUUCGCACACUUUUGUCGAACAGACUCGAACAUGCAGUAUAAUAAUGGAAAGUGCCUAGAAUAUCACAUGUCUGAGAUUCUCCGCCUUUCUCCAGCGAUAUCGCAUGAAAAAUUCAAGGAAGCAUGGGCAGUACUGAGAAAUGCCCAAGAACAUUCGAAAGAGCGAGCCUUUUCGAUGGCCCGGGAAAUGAAGAAGAGUAUGCAUGUAGUUGCGUGGGAAACCUUUAAGGCAAAUAAGAAUUAUGAGGUGGAAGAGGGUUUUAAGUCGAUGGUGGCCCACAGGCGAAGGAUGGGUAUUGAGGCGUGGAGGUCUGAGGAGGAAAUGAUUCAAAGUAGGAGGAAUCUAGAUGGGAUGGGGCCAGAAGAUAGAGAAGCCUAUUUCAAAUUGCAGCAAGUGAGGUACGACUGA